AUGGAUAGAAAUGGGAACAUAAAUAUCAAUCAUUACAUCAAUUUGGAACGGAGGUUGUAUCUCGAAAUAACGGCAUAUACCCAGUGGAUACGGAAAGUAGCCGUAGUUCUCGCUGAUCUCCCAAUUCACGCAUAUCUCCGUCCAGAUCGACAGCAGGUUCGGGACACAGGUUUUGGCAUUUCAGCCCCCAACGCCUACCGGUUCAAAGAUGUGCUCCGUGAAGACUGGCCUAUGGUGGUGGCGUUAUUUUCUUUGAUAGCCCUCCUAUCUCGAUUGCUCUACCUCAUUAUUGCACCCCCGAGUAUUUUCGCUCUCGAGUACGCCUUAGCUGUCUUGUUUCUAUUUUACUCAAUUGGAAUCAUCGUGUUAACAUAUCAGGCUAUCCGUGAUAUGGACCAUCCUACAAGAAUCAGCGCAUUGCUGCCUGAACGAUUCAAUCCCUUUGAGAGGUGUGCUAUCUGCCAGGAGGACUCGCCCCACGAACAACUUAUCGAUAUACACUGCCGGGUUCCUGGCCAGGGAGACCAAAUAGUACGUCACUCGUUUCAUGAGGAAUGCAUCAUCAGCCACUGGGAGGCUCGAAUGGUCAUUGCCAAUGCUGGGGAGGAAUAUCGGUGCCCCAUAUGUCGGCAAGAACCCGAUGGCUACAGCAGGCAUUUUGGACCUCGAAGCCCGAAUUUCCUCGAUAACUCUAGACUAAUGUGGUAUAUACACUCGCUUUUCGCCCGAAGGCUCGUUGUGAUGAUGAAUAACUUCACUCGCCGACCUAGAUACCCUUUCCAAGGGCACCCGUACCAGUUUAACACCAUCUACUAUAUUCAGCUUAUGCCUAACGUUGCCGUCGGCCACGUGCUUCUGGCAUUGACCUUGCUCUUCUAUCUCCGUCUCGCGACUUUGAUGUUUUACUUGCCUCUUUCGUGGCCGGCGUGGGUAGUGGUCUUGAGCAUCUCUAUCGCAUUCCUGAACCGCUUUAGUCGGAUCAUUGACACAAGACUCUACACAGCAGCGGAUGAUGGUAUUUUCCGUUUAGGAAUGAUGGUUUUUGACUCGAUUGACUUCUUUGCUUACCUGUUUCCUUCACGUGCUCCGCCAGCGCCGCCAGUAAGACGGGUACCAGAUGACGGCAGACCGAACCCCGAUGGUCCCGACGACGGCGGCGCAAAUAACGGCGCACCAGACAACGCUCUAAACGACGGCAUACCAGACAAUGGCCGGUUGAAUAACGACGAUCCAAACGUUGGUAUCCUUAUCGAUAUAGACGACAAUGGAGCAGGUGAUGCCCAAAACGAUGAAGGUGACGAUGGCGAUGAUGGCGGUGCCGACGACCACCUCGAUCGGUUGUAUGGCCUCACUCUCCUCAAAUUUACCUAUAUUAACGUUAGGGUAAUGUGGGUAUACGUCAGACGACUAUUCUGGUCCAUAGGCAGCCGUAUUGCUUUUGAUCUUGCCAAGUAUGUUGCGUUGAUUAUCCCAAGGUUUGUUAUAGGGGUCGCUCUAUAUCAUAUCGUUAGCCUCUUGUUUUUUGCCCUUGAGAGCCCUCUAGUUACGCCAUCAGUUAUAAACAACUAA